AUGAGUCAACGGCUGAGGCUCGCCGCAACCGGAUUUCGGCAGUCUCCAAGCGCUACGACGAGGACGGCAGAGCGAACAUGGUUUCACGUCGCCAACGUCGUCGAAUUGUCACCGUGGCGCAAAGGCAGCAGAGACAUCGCCUCACAAUUUCUCGACCAUUCGAGCUUUCGAGUAAAACUUAAGCCCUCAUGGCCGUGGCGAAUGGGGCGAGGCUCGAACUCACAGUUCAUGAACCUCAUACGUGGAACGACGGAACGUCGACGACCAUGGAUAUCCGCCUCGGGGAAACGACUUCAGCAUCGAUGCAACGACAGCAGCAGAUUAAAGCAAGCCGGACGAUGGCUUUGGUACCGCAGCGCGUAUCGACGCAUCGUUUGA